GUGUGAUUGGCUGACGGUCGGUUGCCAUGCCGCGUACCGCGCCUGCGCAGUGGUGGUGCGUUUGUGCGGCUGGUUGUAGGCUCUGCUAGUUUCAUGUCGACUACGCACAGACCUGGGGAUGGCAGCGGAUAUUAUCCCCCCGGGGACGUGCUGGCUCGGCAGCGGCAGGAGGAGGCCGCCUCUGGCUGGGGUCCUGGAUAUUACUCUCAGGGGACUGCAAGAAGCUGGGCCGGAGGUGGAGAGAUAGCAGCAGCUGCCGGAGCCCAGAAUUCUCCAUAUCCUGGGUACGAUCCUAGUGGGUGGUCCUGUGCUGGUCAACCCCGUCCUCCCUAUACUCCUGCUUAUACAGUUGGCGGUCAGGGGAUGGAGCACUAUGCCAAUGGUUCAUAUGGACCACCUUAUAACCAGUCUGCAAUGAACCCACCUUACCCUGGUCUCCAUCCAGCAAAUCCUUACUACCCACCCCCCUCACAGCCUCACUAUCCCGUCGAUCCCUACAAGUCGACCAUGCAGCAAGGGGCUCCUCAAGCUCCUUCUCAUUGGGGAUACCCCCAGCAAGGUUGUCCCAGCAUUCCACAGCAGCAUCCCCCGUAUCCUCAGUACCCUCCUCCACAGGGUCCUAGAGAUGACAGCUGGAAUAUGUAUGGGGCUCCUAACCACUACCAGUGGCAUUCUGCACCACCGCAAAACCCAAAUGGCACACAAUAUAUGCCUGGAGGCAGACCACCCUGGCCAGGAGGAGAUGUCCAGUCGCCAGUUUAUGAUGUAAAGGAUACGUCUCAAAAUCCUGGUUACAACCACCAGAGGCAGUUCCCAGGCUAUUCCUCAGAUAUCCCUCAAUCAUGCCAGCCUUCUGAACCCAAGCCAAACCUUCCUCCACCCAACCCUCAUUACAGCGCCUCUCCACAGAUGUACAACAGGAAGGAGCCUUCAAAUCCAGAACCUGCUCCUAGGUCCAAAGAAGGCAGCAGUCCCCCACCCGAUCCUUCAAGCGGCACACAUCCAGGAGUAUUAAAGAUCACCCAGGUCUUGGAAAGGGUGGUCGAUCUGGAAAGAGAAGUGGAUGAAUUCGUAGGGAAAAAGACUGACAUGAGUUAUCGGUGUUUAGAAGAGAUGUUGACCAAGGAAUUACUAGAGCUAGAUUCGGUAGAAACCGGGGGCCAGGAAAGUAUUCGGCAGGCUCGGAAGGAAGCCGUGAAAAAAUUGCAGUCUAUUUUGGAAAGGCUAGAGAAGAAGGGGCUGUGAUGGUGGAACCUCUUCAGGCAAGCCAGCUAUGGCCGCAGUCAUGAAAGAAAUCUUGGGCAUUCUUGAAGAACCUAUGUGGCCCUUUGUGUUUGUUGAAGAUCUGAAGAAGUGAAAAUCUCAUCCAAGGAGCAGUUGUGUUGGUUUUGAGAAAUAAGAUAACAAAAGUUCCUCUUUUUCUUGCAGGGGGAGGGGAAGUGGUGAUUUAGAGUGAUACUUUGCCAUGGCUAACAGAUGUACAGAUAGACCACCAUUUUUGUGUCACCUUGAGGAAUGUACAGAAAUAAACUAUUUCCAAAAACUUUUCGAUACAAAAAAAUGUACUCGAAACCAUAGUUUUGAGUCAUCUGAAUUUUUUUGUUUUUUUCCCCCUGGUAAAUCAAGCCAUUUGUGAAUAAACAGAUUUUAAUUAUUUGAAUCUGUAUACCGAUAACGGUGCAGACUUGGGGACCAACCGAAGACCAUUAGGUCCUUGGCCCUUGUGAUUUUGAAAUAAGAAACCGGAACAGACCUGUGACCUAUACUUUACUUUGGCCAUAAAUUCUUGUCUGUACUAUUUCCUUCUGAAUAAAGGAAGUGGAAUGGUCAUUGGGACAAGAAAUCUUGACUACUCUGUGUUCUUCAUGAAUCCAAACUAUGUGUUGUGCUAUCAGUCUUGAGACUGGGAAUAAGGACCACUUAGAUGGGACCUACAGGAAACACAAACAGAUGCCAAGUAAACCUUUCUCCGUUUUCAGUAGUGGUGAUAUAUUUGGGAUAUGACUUUCCAUAGACAUUGAGAUCUUUACUGGCAUAUCAAACUUUUUUUCUGGUGGGAUUUGAAGGUCUAUGGGCCACCAUACAUCUGCCACAAAGACCUUAUGAAAGUUGGCUGUCUAUGCCAGUGUCUCAUGUUUGAUCAUCUGAAGCCUCACAGUUUAGAAGUGUAGACGGUUUGGUGCCUCCAAGACCUGAAAGAGAAGUUGUUUUGCACAAAAAACCUCCACAAACAUUACUAUGUGCAUUUUCAAAGCUCUUGAGAUAUUUCCUACUGUGUUUACAUGUGCUGCAUGAAUGAGCUUCUUCAUGGAGCUAAUUUUUUUUUUUUACAAAAAUCUUGUUUGUUUGGCAGGAAGGGACAGAUAAAGGUGUAAUUUAAAGCAGUAUUACCAUCUUGACACUUACAACAUAUACACAAGAUAUGCCAUAGAUGCAAGUCCCAUUACUGGGGCCCCAUCUCGUGUCCGCUGUUACUGGAGAGGUGGCCGCACGUGCUUCUACCUCCGUUCAUUUCUAUAGGAGCUCUGAAAAUAGGCAAGCAUGCUUAUUCAGCUAUUUUAAUAUCUCCCAUAGAAGUUAACCAAGAGAGAGCCACACAUGUGCAGCCACCUCUCUCCAUUCAUAGCCGACCCAAGACAGGACCCCGUUGAGAUAGAUGGGACACUCUGGCUAUGCCAUGAAUGUCGAGAUGGGGAUAUCCCUUUAAGAUCUGAGUAUUCCAGAGAUUUCAAUGUGCACAGUCCUUCAAGGGAGGUAUGCCGUCAGCGGAGGUGUCUGGCAACUGCUCAUUCCCAUCUCUCCACUGAAAACACAUGCACACUCGGCUGAGCAUAGUCUGCAAAAAAAGGUGGGGGUGGGGGAAGAGGUAGCUGUGGUAUGCUAAACUGCUGCCAGCACUAGGAGAGCAAUACAAACAUAUCUUUUGUAAAGCUUUUAUUAUCCACAUUAGUGAAGUUUUAUUCUGCUCCUUAAGUGCACUGGAGGCGGAGCUUCACCAUGAAGUGCUUUUUGCAUUGAGCUGCUUCACAGCCCCUCCCCUCUACUGAGUGACAGCUGGAGUGGUCACCUGGUUGGAUGCUACAGCUGUCACUCAAGAGCACUUCAC